UGUUAGUAGGUGUGUGAGUUGGCGUAAAAGUAGAAGGUUCCUGUUUCUGCUUGUUUGGUGGUUGUGGCUGAAGACUGGACGAGAUCUUUACAUUAAACUGAUUUAGAAACUUUGGAGAAGCAAAUCCGUCGGAAAGACUUGUGACGGAUUAAAUAUUUUGCCGGGACAGUAUCAGUUUUCUGUAGUUGCAUCAUCAUUGUGCCGGCCGCCAUUUUCCCAGUGACAAAACGUUUACCUACGAUUGGGAAAGUCCAGAGUAUCAGUCUACUAAGAAACCUGCUAUACUCCAUAACAGAUAUUGAAGUAUAAGAGAAGAACAAAGCCGGUUUUACUUUAGGUCUGGAUUCCAGAUUAUGUCCUCAGUUGCUAUAGAGACCAGGAUGACAAACCACUACGAGGACGAGACCGUUGAGAAGUUGGACAAGAUGGGUGAUAUCGUCGACCAGAUGGACAAAGUGAAAAUCUCCGAGUCUGAGAUCUGUUUGAAUGGUCCUGAAAAGGUUGUGAAGCAUCCCCUUCAGAACGCCUGGACCUUGUGGUUCUUUAAGAACGACAAGGCCAGGUCCUGGGAGGAGAACCAGAAAGCCAUCAUUACAGUGAAUACAGUAGAGGACUUUUGGUCGUUGUAUAACCAUAUAGAGGUUGCAAGUAGACUUCCGCCUGGCUCAGAUUAUUCUCUUUUUAAGGAAGGAAUUUUCCCUGAUUGGGAGGAUAAAAGGAAUCUGAACGGUGGAAGGUGGAUUAUUAACUUGGAUAAACGACAGAGAGCAGAACACCUUGACAACUACUGGCUGGAGAUACUCUUCUUCUUGAUCGGAGAACAUGCCGACCAGCAUGCACAUCAGGUUAACGGAGCGGUUGUGAAUGUGCGAUCCAAGGGUGACAAGCUGGCGGUUUGGUUGGCGGACGCAUCUCAACCCGACAGUAUCACAAGGAUCGGGAAGAUGUUGAAAGAGAGGCUGGGGAUAGAUCCCAGUGAGAAGAUUGGGUUCAACAUUCAUAACGAGGAGAAGGCCAAGGCUGGCUCCAACAAGAAACAGAAAUUUUACGUCUAGAUACAUUCCAGAGUACCUUGGUGGAGCGGAGGCUAAGCAGGAUCUUAACUGUAAAAAGAUCCUUUGAAAAUGAAUAUUCUCCACGAUUUGUAACAAGAUCAUUCAAUUUUUUAUUUAUUAAUCCAAAAACAAUAUUUUUUUAGUCGUAAUCCCUAGUUUUCUUUGGGUUUUGGGAGCAAUAGAUUUACUACUCAAGACACUUUCAGGUUUUUACAAAAUUCUUAAUUUUCAAGCUGUGUAUUAAACCAUGCUUGCAUAUGUUAAUGUCAUUUCGUUUUGGUAAAUUUAUAUUGGUUUGUGCAUGAUGCGAGUUAUUUUAUAUUUAACCGAAGAUUAUUUACUCGCAUUUUCAGAACAUUAUCCUCGCUUUCGCAUAAUCGAAUAGUAAGGGGUUAUUAUAAACUGAAGGGAGUUCAAGGGACUGAUUAUUUUUCAAGAUAAAAUUUUCCGAUUUCAUUUUGGAAAAUAUCAACUCUUGGGUUGUGUGGAAGCCCACAACAGAUGAAAAUUCGUUCUUUGUCUGUAAACUCCGGUGUAACAUUGAUCACCGUGUAUAGAUUGAUCGUGUGAUCCCUAUUGAGAAUGGAUUAUAGUGAUUUUUUCAGUGGAUCUUGAUUUUGUCCAGAUCCUAAUCUAGAAAUGUUAUAUUAAUCGAUUCGAUCCAUGUAAUUUAAACUAAAAUAUAUCUAAAUAUACGCCAAAUUAUUUGUUUUAA